AUGCUUCGAGUGCCGGGGUCCUAUUCUCGAGGUCGAUCGCCGUCCCCUGGAGGGAAGCAUCGCCAUCGAUCGCACAGCCGUAAACAUUCUCCAUCGCGAGAGAGGAGCAAGAGCAGGAGCAAAACAUCGAGCUCCAAGCACCAUUAUGAUUCCGACUCAAUGGAUGACCGUCCCCGGGCGCCGGCAUCCCGGUCCAGUACCAAGAAGCGGUAUGACCUCGACCUCUCGGACGACGACAGGUAUAAAAGCGACUACAAGAGCGAUUACAAGAACGAUUACAAGAGCGAUAGGGGUCGACGAGCGCCGCGCGAUCGCCACUACCUGUCCGAUGAAGAGUCAGUAGCUGGGCCGAGGCAAAGCAAUACGUCCUUACGGAGCGAUCGAAGCGAUCGCUAUUCGCAUGACACCGGCGCUGAGCGCAGCCAGCGAAGCACAAGUCGCGCCCUUCGCCCUCUGGCGAAAACCCAAUACUACUCAGAUCUCUACAGCGAUAGUGAGGACGAAGGAUUGGCAUACGGGGACAUCUACUCUGACUAUCCAGUUUCCAGCGGGGAGCGUCGAUCUCGGUCUCGCGAGAGAGUUCGCAAACCAAAGAAGUUUUACGACUCCGAUUCAAGCGACGAAAUCCAGGAACCCGCACCCCGUACCAAGGAUCCGCCGCCCAAGUACCGACCUCACGACAGCAAGAGCUCAAAGCUUGGCCGAAGCCACUCGCAAAAAUACUACUCUGCGGCCACAAAUGCGCUUGCAGCGAAAUUGCAAGAAGCAAAGUCCUACUUUGCUGAAAAACCACAGAAUACAGGUAGUGGAAUCAACGAGGAUGAAUGGGCAGAAAUCCCCGAGUGCGAACGGCCGGAUUUCGUGCCACCCGACCGACGGAAUCAGGGCUAUACCGCGUCCACCUCGAUGAACAACCAGCCUGGAGCUCCACCACCUCCCCCAGCUCCUCUGCCGCCCGCCACCUCUCAAAUGCCGAACUCCAACUACGCAUAUUCGCAACCUCAUCCACCCAUUACCCCAAACAAGGCGGGUGAGCCGGUGCGCGUUCUCGCAAUACCUCAACAAUUUCUGCUCCGCAAUAUGUUUCGCCUGAGCAUUACGCAAAUUUGA